CUGAUUGAGGCAGGGAGAUAAUGAAUUAGGAGCCACGGGAGGUGAGAGUCAACGCCUCCCCUGCAGCCGCAGCGUGCUCCGGGUGAUGUUUCCUUACUCGUUUACAAGACAAUAGCCGAAAAAAAUUUAAGAGGGGGAGAAAAUGACUGAACCUUCUGUAUGAGAUAAUGGAUGAGCCCGGGAUGACCUGUUUUUUUCCUUGCGGUGGAGCGGUGCUGAAGACAGAGGGCACCCGCGCCCAGCCCACAGCCGUCGCCCCGCCGCCAGCGCGCCAGCUCGGGGCGGCCGGAGAGCCGCCAAUGCCCGCUCCCGGCAGGCAGGGAGCCGCUGCCUCGCCCGGCCAGGUUAAAAGUCACUAGGAUGACGGCUGUCUUGGCACCUUCAAGAGUGAUGCUGUGAGGCUUCGUUGUGAUGGUAUUUGGAGCAACCUGGCCGUCAUCUGGGAGAAGCAGAUCCCAUUUCCUACAUGUCCUUAAACCAUGUGCAGGCAAGGGGAGCCCAUGAAACUUGUAACCUGGGUCUGGAUGACAUCGUGCAACAAAAUGAUUGGUAUGCUGCUGGUCUUUUUCCCUGCUCUGCUGCUGGAGAUGGACGUGCUGCCCAGGAGUGGGGGUCGGAGGGCUCUUCUCUCUGCAGCCUCCUCACAGCGGUCGGUGGCUCGGAUGGACGGGGAUGUCAUCAUUGGGGCCCUCUUCUCUGUCCAUCACCAGCCACCAGCCGAGAAAGUGCCCGAGAGGAAGUGCGGGGAAAUCCGGGAGCAAUACGGCAUCCAGAGAGUCGAGGCCAUGUUUCACACCUUGGAUAAAAUUAACGCAGACCCGGUCCUGCUACCUAACAUCACCCUGGGCAGCGAGAUCCGAGACUCCUGCUGGCACUCCUCCGUGGCCCUGGAGCAGAGCAUCGAGUUCAUUCGGGACUCUCUCAUCUCCAUCAGGGAUGACAGGGAUGGAGGCACCCGCUGCAUUUCCGACUCGCAGACCCAGCCCCAGGCCAGAGUGAAAAAGCCCAUCGCGGGGGUCAUCGGCCCCGGCUCCAGCUCAGUCGCUAUCCAAGUCCAAAAUCUGCUCCAGCUCUUCGACAUCCCCCAGAUCGCCUACUCUGCCACCAGCAUCGACCUGAGCGACAAAACGCUGUACAAGUACUUCCUCAGGGUGGUCCCCUCCGACACGCUGCAGGCCAGGGCCAUGCUUGACAUCGUCAAGCGCUACAACUGGACCUACGUCUCGGCCGUGCACACGGAAGGAAAUUAUGGGGAAAGUGGAAUGGAAGCCUUCAAAGAGUUGGCUGCCCAAGAGGGUCUCUGCAUUGCUCACUCUGACAAGAUCUACAGCAACGCCGGCGAGAAGAGCUUUGACCGCCUGCUGCGCAAGCUGCGGGAGAGGCUGCCCAAGGCCAGAGUGGUGGUGUGCUUCUGCGAGGGAAUGACUGUCAGGGGCAUCCUCAUCGCCAUGCGCCGCCUGGGGGUGCUCGGCGAGUUCCUGCUCAUUGGAAGUGACGGCUGGGCAGACAGAGAUGAGGUCAUUGAAGGCUACGAACCCGAAGCAAAUGGAGGCAUCACUAUCAAGCUGCAGUCUCCUGAGGUGCUGGCGUUCGAUGAUUACUACCUGAAGCUGCGGCUGGACACCAACACCCGCAACCCCUGGUUUCCCGAGUUCUGGCAGCACAGAUUCCAGUGCCGCAUCCCAGGGCACCCGCUAGAGAAUCCCAACUUCCAGAAGAAUUGCACUGGCAAUGAGAGCUUAGAAGAAAAUUACGUGCAGGACAGUAAAAUGGGAUUUGUCAUCAAUGCAAUAUAUGCUAUGGCUUAUGGACUGCAGAACAUGCAUCAUUCCCUUUGCCCCGGACAUGUUGGACUGUGUGAUGCUAUGAAGCCAAUUGAUGGCAGCAAGCUCCUGGAGUUCCUCCUCAAAUCCUCAUUCAUUGGUGUUUCUGGAGAAGAAGUGUGGUUUGAUGAAAAGGGAGAUGCCCCUGGAAGAUAUGACAUCAUGAACCUGCAGUACAUAGAGCCCAACCGCUACGACUACGUCCUGGUUGGGACCUGGCACGAGGGCGUGCUCAACAUUGAUGACUACAGGAUUCAGAUGAAUAAGAGCGGAAUGGUCCGGUCGGUGUGCAGUGAGCCUUGCCUGAAGGGCCAGAUCAAGGUGAUCAGGAAAGGAGAAGUGAGCUGCUGCUGGAUUUGCACUGCUUGCAAGGAGAAUGAAUUUGUUCAGGAUGAAUUCACCUGUAAAGCCUGUGAGCUCGGCUGGUGGCCAAAUGCUGACCUGACAGGCUGCGAACCCAUCCCUGUAAAGUAUCUCCAGUGGAGCAAUAUAGAGUCUAUUGUGGCUGUGGUCUUUUCCUGCCUGGGGAUCCUGGUCACCAUGUUUGUCACCCUUAUCUUUGUGCUCUACAGAGACACCCCUGUUGUCAAGUCCUCCAGCCGCGAGCUCUGCUAUAUAAUCCUGGCUGGCAUCUUUCUGGGUUACGUCUGCCCUUUCACCCUUAUAGCUAAACCCACCACGACAUCCUGCUACCUCCAGCGCCUCCUGGUGGGCCUCUCCUCCGCCAUGUGCUAUUCCGCCCUGGUGACCAAAACCAACCGCAUCGCGCGCAUCCUGGCGGGCAGCAAGAAGAAGAUCUGCACCCGCAAGCCGCGUUUCAUGAGCGCCUGGGCCCAGGUGGUCAUCGCCUCCAUCCUGAUCAGCGUGCAGCUGACGCUGGUGAUCACGCUGAUCAUCCUGGAGCCCCCCAUGCCCAUCCUCUCCUACCCCAGCAUUAAGGAAGUUUACCUUAUCUGCAACACCAGCAACCUGGGCGUCGUGGCUCCUGUGGGCUACAACGGACUCCUCAUCAUGAGCUGCACGUACUACGCCUUCAAGACUCGCAACGUGCCUGCCAAUUUCAACGAGGCCAAGUACAUUGCAUUCACCAUGUACACCACUUGCAUCAUCUGGCUCGCCUUCGUGCCCAUCUACUUCGGGAGUAACUACAAGAUCAUCACCACCUGUUUCGCAGUGAGCCUGAGCGUGACAGUGGCUCUGGGGUGCAUGUUCACUCCCAAGAUGUACAUCAUUAUUGCCAAGCCUGAGAGGAACGUCCGCAGUGCCUUCACCACCUCAGAUGUGGUGCGUAUGCAUGUCGGGGAUGGCAAGGCACCUUGCAAGUCCAACACUUUCCUCAACAUAUUCCGGAGAAAGAAGCCAGGGGCUGGAAAUCCAAAUUCUAAUGGAAAGUCUGUGUCAUGGUCUGAACCAGGUGGAAGACAAGAUCCAAAGGGGGAACAUACGUGGCACAGACUCUCAGUGCAUGUGAAGAACCAGGAGAUAGGGUGCAAUCAGACAGCGGUGAUCAAACCCCUCACUAAAGACUGCCACGGCCAAAAUCUGACUUUUACCGACAUCAGCACUAAGACUCUGUACAAUGUGGUGGAGGAAGAAGACAGAGAGCCCGUUCACCUCAACCAGUCCAACAGCCCUUCCAUGGUGGUGCACAGGCGGGUGGCAACGACCCCCCCGCUGCAGGCCACAGCGGAGGAAACCCAACUCUUCUUGCCUGAGCAGUCCCCCAAGACCCUGCCCCUGCAGCCACAGUCUCUCAUGGACCAGCUGCAAGGAGUGGUCAACAAGUUUGCCACCGGCAUCCCCGACUUCAACGCUGUCCUCCCCACUCCCGGCUCAGGGAACGGCGUGCGGCCUCCCUGCCCACCCCCGCCACCGCAGCAGCCCCUGCAGCCCUUCCAGGUGGCUGCCUUCAGCCAGGAGCCCCUGUCUCCCCCGGCUGAGGAAGCCGAGAGUGAGAAGGUGAAGCUCAUUCAGGGAUAUGUGUAUGAGAAGAGCACAGAGGAGGAGGAGGACGAGGAACCGGCAACCAGCAAACUGACUCUCGAAGACUCUCCGGCGCUGACGCCCCCGUCCCCUUUCCGGGAUUCAGUGGCUUCGGGCAGCUCCGUGCCCAGCUCCCCCGUGUCAGAGUCGGUGCUCUGCACACCCCCAGAUGUGACCUACGCCACUGUCAUCCUGAGGGAUUAUAAGCAAAGCUCGUCCACCCUGUAGAUGCUGCAAGAGACAAGACAGGAAGGACUUCGGCAGCUGCCCACUGGGAGGACUUGCAGAGACAAGCCUCCCAGGGCUGUGGGAGAGAGAGUAGAGAACAAAGUGACAAAUGACAGGGCAAAAAUUUCAUCCUGCACUUAAAUAACUAAAAUGAAACAAAAAGAAAAUAAAAAAUCCAUUCUGAGGGCUCAAGAUUCUCUAUCUGUUGAAAAUAAAUGUACUUUGGAAAAAAUGUUAGGAAACCACAACAAAGCACAAACUAAAGGAACAACUUCUAUAGCAAAAAAAAAAAAAAAAAAAAAAAAAAAGAA